AUGUCAGGUGAUAUGGCUUCGUCGAGCGAUAACUCGUCUACAGAGACACCUGUUGACAGCAAUGAGGCUCCUUUGUCGUAUUCCGCCACCGUCGUCGUUGGGUUGAUGGCGUCCGUGCUGUCCUUGCUCAUCACCGUCGGUAACAGCUUCACGCUCAUCGUCUUCGCCCUCCGCAAGUCGCUCAGAAAAUUCGGCGACUUCUUCAUCAUCAAUCUAGCGGUGAUUGACUUUAUCCUUCGAGAAGAGAAUCGAACGUCUGCUCCCUGUGUAGAUUGCCGACCUGGCUAUCGGCGUGAUGUCAAUCCCUCCUUACAUCCCUACCUGCUGACUGGCACCUGGCAGGCCGGCUUCUCCUACUGUAAGUUCUGGCUCCUUUGGGACUACGUCACACCUGCUGCCUCGACUUUCUGCAUCUGUGUUAUCAGCAUCGACAGAUACCUCUUAGUCGUCCAUCCUCUUCUGUAUCGACGGAUCCAGAGCACGCGCUUGCUGGUCAUCAUGCUUGCGAUUCCCUGGGGAGGGGUGUUUCUUAUCUUCGGUCCGUCCAUCCUCUUAUGGGAGCUGACCUUUGGCCCCAAGAUCGCACCAGGUGUCUGUCACGUGCCGUUUUCCGAUUACCUUCCAUUUCUGCUUUUCACGUCUUUUGUGGAGUUCAUCAUCCCUUUCACUGUCGUAGCCAUGACCAACGUAAUGCUCUUUCUUAGAAUCCGAACACGCAUGCGCACCAAGGUGUCUGACCAUUUUACCCCAUCGCCAACCCACAAAUCCACGGCGGAGGUUCGAGAUCAGGACCGCUCCGAGCAGAAAGCAACGCGAGUGGCAGUGUUUACUACUCAGACUGCCAGCCACCUGUCACCGUGGAAAGCAAGCACAGAUAAAGUCUCCCAAGAGGGUUCAACGACAAACAACGUUGUCAACCUUGGGUUAGAGGUCGAAGAUCAUACAAACACCUCCAUGGACGACACAGGUGACGUUGGGGAGGCGACGACCAAGCAGAGCUCAAGAAGCCACAGCGAGGACUGAGAGAGACCACUACGUCCACGGCUGUCAAGUCCUCGACGUCGACCAGGCGCCGCGCGCGGAAGGACGUGAGGGUGGCGAGGUCGUUGUUCGUGCUGGUGAUGGUCUUCGCCGUUUGUUGGAUGCCCUACGAAAUCCUCGCUCUCGUGUCGGCACACUGCGACGACUGUGUGGACGAGGACCUCUUCGAGUUUUCCUUCUGGCUUCUGUGGAUCAACUCCACCCUCAACCCCGUGCUGUACCCGAUCCUGCACAGGCGCUUCAGGGAGGCGGCGGCCAGCGUCAUAGCGGGGUGCCGCAAGUGUGGGAGUUGUCGGUCUUAGACACGUAGAACAUGUUUUCUACAAAUAUAAGUACAUAAUUAAGCUUAAGUUGAAGAUAUUUCUAGAGUCGAAGAAAUAAUAUUUUUUAGCGAAUUAAUAAGCCUUGUAAAGUGGGACGAUAUAUUUGUGUGUUGAGAAAGAAGAUGUGAAGUAGUACUCAGGACGGCACUGACUUGUAGAGGAAAGAUGUUGCUAAAACAUUAGACUUCAGACUGCUAAAAACAUGGCGACUUUAUGUUCUACACUAGUACGAGGCACUUAAGCAUUGUCUGUGCUCCUGUGGUGUAAAGUGUUUAGAGUUGAUAUUUACGGUCUGUGUGAUUAAUUAAUGCUAGACACUACACGCCUCCACAGUAUGAUGAACCCCAGGUUACAUGUUGUAGGACUGUAUGAACCUUGACACACUGUUGAUGCUGAUGUCAGCUCACGCACUUUAUUUUCUCGCGAACGUAAAUGGGAUGGAGUGUGUCUGGAAGUGAGUGCAUUUGUGUGUGUGUGGCUGUGGCUGGCU